AAAUGGCUGAAUGGAUUGUGAUGGAACUUGACAAUAAUUAGGUUACAUAAUCAGAUAAAACAUUAUGGGCUACUGUUUAUCCGGGUGGAGGAAAUAGGUAGUUUCCUUAGGAAGAGGGUGAGACCCCACAGAUGUUAGCGUUUAAGCGUGUCUGAGUGUCAUACCUACAAUUUAAAAUUUCGCAAUGUUGUUACAGUUACACGUGUUGCUCUUAGUACAUACAUAGUUGUAUUGGUUUCAAACGUGCUCCUAACACAGUUCAUGUGACUGAUAAGACUUUUGAAAUAACUAGGUACAACUAUUUCGGAAACUUAAAAGCUUUUGCGUAACGACACUACAAGUACAAUAUAAAAUAGCUGCGUAUUCAAAUGAAGGACUGUAGUAAUUUAUUAGUUGUGGCUAAAAAGUUUAGUUACCAUGAUGGCGGCAAAAUUAUUAGUUCUGCUAUCCAUUUUGUUGGCUCUUUAUGUCACUUCGAUCACAUGCUAUCCGACCUGUGAUAAUGGUAUGGCAUCCCCGUUUUAUCCCGGGCCUCCUAUAAUAGUAAAAGAUCGCGACAAUGACCGAAACAGAGAUUUUUUAUACCCACUAGUUCUCUUAUUGCUGUUAGGAGACGGCUUCUAUUAAAAUAGUAUUCAUAUUUUUGGAUCUCGUUGAAACCCAUUUCCGUUUUUAAAUAUUUCUGUGUAUUGUUUCAUGGAACCGUAAAGAAAGACCGUUACUGUUACAACUCUUGUGUUUUGGCUUAGUUGUUACAUUGCAUAACAUUGAGAUAUUAAAUAAAAGUAGUGGCAGAGAAAUACGUAAUUAAAAACAUUAAUUUCUUUUCGAUUAUCUAAGAAUCGACUACUUCACUCGUAUACUCAUACUAACAAUCGCUUCUACGAAAUUAAAAAUAAUAAAUCUGAAUAUUCCAUCCCUUGAAUUUUAUAGCAUGUAUAGCAUAUUUGUUUCUGACAGCAGAAUGGCAAGAAUUAAAAUUUCCUAAGAGUAAAAGUGAUAGAAAUAAUCGGAUGUCAUAGAAGAGAAAUAAUAUUUUGUCCUGAAUAAUGGAACAGAACCACCAAAACCGAUGAUGGACACAUUACUUUUCGUAAAAGAAAGAAAAUAAUCAUUUUGUUUAGUGUACAAAUGAGUAAAUAUUAUGUUUUCAAAAAUAAGUUUGUUAAUACAGAACUAAAUAGAGAUUUAACAUAUAAAUUAGAGAAUAGUCCAAAUAUGAAGCCGUUUUCUUAUCUCCUUGAUUAGAUUUUAAUCAAAAUUACUUGAAGUUCCUGUUUAGUUAUCAAUGAAAGUAAUGAUUUAGAAACAACCGUGUGUGCGAAAUGUCUAUUUCUACCUGUAGUGAAGAAGACGAUGUGUAUCCACUCCACGAGAGUAUAUUUAUUGGUGAUGUUCGAAAGCUCUCGUCGUUACUAAGAAACCAUGAUGUGGCUCGUAAGGACAAACAUGGCAAUACGGCUCUGCACCUGGCCGUCAUGCUGGGCCGCAAGGAGUGCGUACAGCUCCUGCUCGCACACAGCGCGCCGGUCAAGGUUAAGAACCUCGCAGGCUGGUCUCCCCUGGCAGAGGCAAUCAGUUACGGUGACCGUCAAACCAUAUCAUCUCUGGUGCGCAAAUUGAAGCAGCAAGCGCGAGAACAGAUGGAACGCCGACGACCUGAUCUUAUUAGAGCUCUAGCUCAAAUACAAGAUUUCUAUAUGGAACUCAAAUGGGAUUUCCACUCAUGGGUACCUCUAGUCUCCAGAAUAUUACCCUCAGACGUAUGCAAAAUUUACAAAUCAGGUUCUGGAAUCAGAUUGGAUACAACUUUAGUAGAUUUUACUGACAUGAAAUGGGAAAGGGGAGACAUAUCUUUUAUUUUUCAAGGAGAGAAGCCACCUAGUGAGUCACUCACAGUUUUAGAUAACAAAGCUAAAGUGUACCAACGAGUACGUUACGAAGAAACAGAAACUGAAAUAGAAGAUGAAGUAGACAUACUUAUGUCUAGUGAUAUACUAGCCGCACAGAUGUCCACCAAAGGAAUUUCUUUUACAAGGGCUCAAUCAGGCUGGAUAUUCAGAGAAGAUCGCAAAGAAACUGUUGCAGGAUUGUACAGAAGUGAUAUUUACACUAUCACGGGUCUUGUAUUAGAGUCACGUAAAAGAAGAGAACAUUUAUCAACAGAUGAUUUACAAAAAAAUAAGGCUAUAAUUGAAAGCUUAACUAAAGGAAAUACGCAGAAUUUGGAUACAAACGGGGAACCUACUAGGCGUGCUUCAUUAAAUCCUCCUCCUGAAAGUAAUAUUGAUUGGAGUACAUACAUAUCAUCACCUCCAGGGCUUUACCCCAGUCUAGGAAGGGAGCUUGUAUACAAGGAGUCAUCACGAAACUUCCGAGCCACUAUAGCCAUGAGUGAUGACUUUCCCCUCAGUGUGGACAUGUUACUGAAUGUGCUUGAAGUUAUAGCACCAUUUAAACAUUUUGCUAAGCUACGACAAUUUGUAGCCAUGAAAUUGCCUAGAGGUUUCCCAGUUAAAAUUGAUAUUCCAAUAUUGCCAACAGUGACAGCUAAAAUAACAUUUCAAAAGUUUGAUUUCCGAGAAGAUAUAGCUCCUGAUCUAUUUAUAAUACCUGAUGACUUCAUAGAAGACCCGUUGCGAUUCCCUGACUUAUGACGCUUUGAAAUUCUAACACUGUUUGCAGUCGAUGAAAGGCCUAAUUGGCGACGUGAGGUUAGGCGGCGCCGAGUCAAGCGAAAGGCACGACACAGGCCUAUAAGGAAUAGCCUACUCUCAAUUGAAUUUCCAAUACCAAUUGGUCUGGGCAGCUACUAUUCCAGCCAUUGUGUCCUUUUUGUUGAAUAGCUAAAUUUCUAUGUAGGAAUGUUAAAUUUGUGGUGAAUUGUCCUGUGUAUGUAAUAUUUUUGGUCAACAGUGUUAGAAUGAGAAUGUAUUCUACCUUUGUUGUCUAGUUACUGAAAGAUAUGGCUCAUGUUUUGCUUAUAAAUUUUAAAUUGUUUUUAAUUUAUUUUUUACUUUUGUAUAUUUUUAAACAACUUGUUUCAUUUCAGACAGGAAAUAUGGUAUCUAAUGUAACCUUUAUGUAUUUUUUUAACUUUUUUAAAUAUGUUGAGGUUUUAGUAAUUGGAAACUUGAAAUGUUAUUUAUUCUCACAAUAAAUUAUUUAUUUAAAUAAUGUUAAAGCACUCAGAAACUGGCCUUUAGAAAAACCUUUAUUAUUAGCACCUAUUAACUAUGUAGUUCGAGGCCUACAGCCAAUGUGAGGCCUUGAGUAGAUGUCAUGAGUGCACAGAUCAUUCAGGUACUAAUUUAGAUGUAUUAAAUUUUUUGGACUGGAGCUUUUAAACUAAGUCCCAUAUGUUUUCAAAACAAGACAAUGCUCAUUAAUUUGUAGAUUGGAGCUUGUGUGGUGAUUUAGUAAAUAAGUAAUUACAUAAGGUCCAUCCAGCCACUUUCCAUGUAGAAUACCAUACCUAUUUGUAUACACAUUAGUUAUUGAGGAUUUAAGGCUAGAAACUGCCACUUCAUUUUGUCCUUGUGCCUUCAGCAUGCUGUAACUUGAAAACUUAAAUAUGCUUGACCUUUAUUUUUUGUUUCGUUGUUUCUUUGUAUUCAAUUUAGUUUCAUAAAUCACGUUAAUUAGAAUAACUUAGUCAAUUGCCACAUAAAUAACAAAGUAUUUAUGUGUAAUUAUUACCACAGGUGUUCCUUUGUAAAUAUCAAAAUUCAUGUAUCUGAACUUGAACUUUAGACUAACUAAAGUUUGGAAGCACAGAAUGUACUUAUUUUUACUGAAUUAAGCACAUAGUAUAAAGUAGGAGCCAGAUGCUUUUGUAGUGAAUUGCGCAAUAGUUUCCUAAUCGUAUUUAGUAUUUUGACAAUAACUCUGAAAUGACAAUCCCACCAAAAAUUAAUUUUGUUUUACUUAAGAGAUAUAAUUAUUUCUUGCCAAUAGUUAAGCCAAUAUAUAAAGACAAGAAUAUGUGACGAUAAACCUGUAAAACUGAAAUAGUGAAAAAAGAAAUGUUGUAAUAAAAUUUAAAGUAAUA